AUAGUCAUGUCUAAGUGACUCGAGUAUCAUAGUCCGAUUUUUAGCUUUAAGGUGGUACUGUCGUUUAUGUACGUCGGUUGGAAAUUACUCCACUUAACACUAUGUGUGGAGUUAGUUAGCCUGACGUUUUUUGUAAGAAUGCGAAAUGUUGGUUUGAAUCGCUAACGUUAGCCGAGACUGUAGCUAGCUCUCCAGAGCUUUUCGGAAGAGUUGUAGCUAGUUUGCGUUAGCAGCGUAGUUCACUGACCUUCUGCUAAAUGGCGACAUAGCAACAUUUUUUUUCUCAUCUCCAAAGUCCGGGACAGCGUCGUAAUUUUGCUGGGUUUCUGCUUUAACUAAAAUGUCACAACUGGCUGACUCUGACGAUACCACUCCAUUGCUCAGGGACGAUGCGAGCAGUGAUGCCUCUCAGGAUGAAGAUUUCAAGAGUCGGUGGAGGUCCAUCCGAGUCAUGUACUUCACCAUGUUUCUCAGCAGUGUAGGUUUCACUAUAGUCAUCACAUCACUUUGGCCCUAUUUGCAAAAGAUUGAUGAUAGUGCCAAUGCCAGCUUCCUGGGUUGGGUGGUGGCGGCCUACAGUCUUGGCCAGAUGGUGGCCUCACCUAUUUUUGGCCUGUGGUCUAAUUACCGACCACGCAGGGAACCUUUGGUGUGCUCCAUCAUCAUCAACCUGUCAGCCAAUAUCUACUACGCCUAUGCAUACCUGCCCAAGACCAAUAACAAGUUCCACAUCCUCAUAUCUAGAGCCUUUGUGGGCUUCGGCGCAGGCAACGUUGCUGUGGUGAGGUCCUUUGUUGCUGGAGCUACAUCGCUGAAAGAGAGAACCAAUGCCAUGGCAAACAUGAGUGCCUGUCAGGCCCUGGGUUUCAUCCUGGGACCAGCUCUACAGGCAUGCCUAUCAUUCAUUGGAGAGCGUGGUGUGACAGUGAAGGUCAUAGACCUGCAGCUCAACAUGUACACCUCUCCUGCUUUACUGGCUGCAGCUUUUGGGCUAAUCAACAUCCUGCUGGUCCUCUUGGUGCUGAGAGAGCACCGUGUUGAUGACAAUGGAAGACAAAUUCGAGCCAUCAACUGCACAUCAGAAGACAGAGUUGACAUUAGCGAAGAAACUGAGGAAACCAUUGACCAGGUAGCGGUGCUGACAUCCAACAUCCUCUUCUUCAUCGUCAUGUUCAUCUUUGCCGUCUUUGAGACAAUUGCCACCCCUUUGUCCAUGGACAUGUUCGCCUGGACAAGGAAGGAAGCUGUUUUAUACAAUGGCAUCAUCAUCUGCUGCAUUGGAUUUGAAUCCAUCCUUGUGUUUCUGGUUGUAAAAGUAGCUUCUCAAAGGGUUGGGGAUCGUCCUGUGUUGCUAGCAGGCUUGGCCAUAAUAUUCUGUGGCUUCUUUAUCCUGCUUCCAUGGGGGAAUCACUACCCCAAAAUCCAGUGGGCAGACCUCAAAAACAACUCACUGGUCAGUCAGAUAUCUAAGGCCACAACAGCCUCCAACAGCUCUUUGGAGCCAACAGGCUGCCCGUAUGAACAGACCUGGUGCCAGUAUACUCCUGCAAUACACCUAGCCCAGUACAUCACAUCUGACACCUUGAUUGGCGUGGGAUACCCAGCCUGCAACGUGAUGUCCUACACACUGUAUUCCAAAAUCCUCGGGCCAAGGCCUCAGGGUGUAUACAUGGGGUGGUUGACAGCCUCUGGCAGUGGUGCGCGGACAUUGGGCCCUGUCUUUGUCUCCCAGGUCUAUACCAUCCUCGGACCUCGUUGGGCCUUUAGCCUCAUCUGCGGCAUGGUGGUAGGGGCCAUCAUUCUCCUCGGCUCUUCUUACCACAGACUCAUUGCAUUUUCUGUACGUCAUGGGAGGACUAUAGAAUAACAGUUGCCACUGGAGAGACUGAUGGCAGUUUCCUACUUUUAUCCUCAAAGACUUUUAGCCUAAAUCCUGGCUAUGAUGAUGGCUUCUUGUUGCUGUUAUUCACUUUACAAUGUUGCAACUGAUAAGCCUUUGAGAGUUUGAAACUCAGGGUCGACCUUUAAACUUAAAGGUGAAGAGAUAAGGCCAGGUUAUUCCACAUGACUUGACCAAAGAUGGCUGCUUCACUUUGAGUUCAAAGGGAGCUAGAACUGCAGCUGCACUUUCACCCACUUGUUGUGAAAGAAGCCAUGUGACACAUAUUCACAAUCAUGUAAGGCAUUGCCUUGUAUGAGGUGGGGGCAUGAUCUCAAACAAAUUAUAGUUUUAAAUCGAGUUACUAAAUUUUUGUUACUGGAAUAUUGUAACUUAUAGCACAGGCACAGCAUUGUUGGUUUUAGGGAUAAAUUCAUUCUAACAUAUAUGAAUACAGUGACUACUUUAGCAAAGCAUUUGCAAAACCUGAAAAGGGUUUGAGACUAUCUUUGCAUUAAAAGAGGAAAUUAAUUUUUGGAAUCCACAGGCACAUGAGCAGUCCAUGUGAACAACCAUGACCUACUUAAUGGUCUUGAAAAUAAAUACUGUCUAAUUGUUUAUUUAGUUUUAACUGACAGAAACUGUGCUCACUGUUGAAACAUGUUUGAUUCAUUGGUUGUAGCAUUUGUUAUGCUGAAUGUACUAAACUUUCAAAGUUGUUAUUUUGCAGUUUCACUGAAGAAUAUCAAAGAUGUUAGUCUUACUGUGCGAUGAUUUUUAUCUUGCAAGAAAUGUGACUCUUGAGACAUAAACAAAUAUUACAUAUAGGGGGUAUAAAUGAAACAUUUCCACAUUGAGCUGUUUUCCUCAAAGGGAAAAUACUGAUAUUAUUAUUCCUGUUUCUGUUAAAAGCUCUACUUGUGGUUGUUUAAAACUACAGGUUGCCUGAAAUCAUUCAGAAAGUGAAGUGUGAAUGUAUGUGUGCUUUUGAUUAACUGAGUGAUGCAUUAAAGAUUUGAUGUUA